GAGGAGCAGAAGGUUUGGAGAAGGGCAUGUUGGAAAGAUGCUGGUGGGAGGGACCCUGUGCUCCUGGGGACCCUGAAGGAAGCAAGGGUACCAGGUGUGAAAGCACAGAGGAAUAUGAUUACGAUUACCUCAGCAUCAAUAAAACCUGGGUCCUCACCCCCAAGGCGCAGGAGACUGAUGCCACGCAAAUCCUCAACUCGCUGCUGAAGAACUAUGACAACAAGCUGAGGCCYGACAUUGGCAUCAAGCCCACGUUUAUCGACGUGGAUAUCUACGUGAACAGCAUUGGGCCAGUAUCUGUCAUCCAAAUGGAAUACACCAUCGACAUCUUCUUUGCUCAGACAUGGUAUGACCGGCGUCUUCGUUUCAACAGCACCCUCAAGGCGCUCACGCUGAACACCAACAUGGUGAGCCGCAUCUGGAUCCCGGACACCUUCUUCAGGAACUCCAAGCGGGCUGACUCCCACUGGAUAACCACCCCUAAUCAGCUCCUCCGCAUCUGGAAUGAUGGCAAAGUUCUCUACACGCUCAGACUGACUAUUGAGGCUGAAUGUCUGCUCCAGCUGCAGAAUUUCCCAAUGGACACUCACUCGUGCCCUCUGGUUUUCUCCAGUUAUGGUUAUCCCCGAGAGGAGAUUGUCUAUCGCUGGAGGCGCUAUUCCAUUGAGGUCUCAGACCAGCGCACCUGGAGGCUCUACCAAUUYGACUUCACAGGGCUGAGGAACACCUCAGAGGUCCUCAGGACUGGGGCAGGGGAGUACAUGGUGAUGACAGUUUCUUUUGAUCUGAGUAGACGUAUGGGUUAUUUUGCCAUUCAAACCUAUAUUCCCUGCAUCCUGACUGUUGUUCUGUCCUGGGUUUCCUUCUGGAUCAAGAGAGAUUCCACACCAGCCCGAACAUCUCUGGGUAUCACCACUGUGCUAACAAUGACCACCCUGAGCACCAUCUCCCGCAAGCACCUUCCUCGUGUUUCUUAUAUCACAGCCAUGGACCUCUUUGUCUCCGUGUGCUUCAUCUUCGUCUUCGCAGCUCUCAUGGAGUAUGCCACACUCAACUACCUGGUGGGAAACAAGAAACCACUGGAGCACAACAGCAGGAAAACCAGGCUGCCAUCUGCAGGUGUCCAGGUGAUGCCAUCCUUCACCACCAUCAACAUCAACAACAUCAUGCACUGGCCCUCAGAGAUAGAGGAGGAUGAGGAUGAAGACCCUGGCUCCCCAUGCCUGGAAGGGAAGGAAUGCGAGAGAUUCUUCUGCUGCAUUGAGGACUGUCAGACAGGGAUGUGGCGGGAGGGAAGGAUCCGCAUUCACAUCUCCCGCCUGGACUCCUACUCCCGCGUGUUCUUUCCCACCGCCUUCCUGCUCUUCAACAUUGUCUACUGGAUUGCCUAUCUGUAUCUCUAGCUGUUCGAUGUCCUCAGCUGGAAUGGACUGGAAGCUGGCAAGAUGCACUCUUCAAGGAGCAUAGGAAACAAUGUCUCUUCCUAUUGUAGUUGAUCAUCAGUCUGAACAGUCCAGUUUGGUGAUUCCUUUUUCCUGCUCUCAUCUCAUCUCUUCUGAGAAGAACUAGACAGCUUUUUAUUUUUUUUUUUCUUUCUAUCUUUUGGGCUCCCAAACCUGUCUUUUUAGAGAAUUGUCCCUUCCCAAACCGCCCUUUCUCCAAUCAGCAGUGUUUGACUGAAAGGUUAGGGAUUUUGUCAAGAACAAACACCUGAAUGUGCUUCAUUUUUCCAUCCAAUCCCAGUCCAAAAUUCCAUGGGAAAUGAUGGCAAAUUGAGUUUUCUGCAUAGUUUUUAAGCCUGCAGAGGAUAUAAAGUAGAUUUUACAACUUCUACACCACCUCCAUCAAUAUAGACUUUGUGGGAAUGCUAGAGACAUGAACAGAUCAGAAAGAAGGAGGGGCUGGGAGAGGAUGGUGGUACAGCCUUCCUCCUGCUGGUAGCUGGGAUUGGCCUAAAUGCUUUGUACCUGCCUAGAAGGUGGGUUGUGGCACAGACUGGGUCUACUGUAGGAUGUCUGGGGAGCAUUUCACAUGUAUCACUCUUCUUGUUGAAUGACAUGGCCCCUGAAGCAGCCACCCAUUGAGAUGAUCAUCAUCAGAUGAUGAAAAGUGUUUCAUGGGUCUAAAUGGCCUACUCUUACCCAGAUAGGAUCUCUCAAGAGCCCGUGAGUACAUCCUGAUAGGUGGUUUAGGACUUUGACCAGCAUAUCCAGCUUCCAUAGCCAAAAAGGGGAGAAAGCUGUAAUGUAAUGAAGACCAGAAGGUGUCUCAUAUGCCUGUUGUAAGGUAGCUGUCUUCAGCCUGCCUCAGCUGAGACAGUGCUCCUCUUCACAAGGACAGGUGUUGAAAUCCUCAGAUAUGUGAACAGUAGUAGGUGCUAACUUGAGAAAUGGGUGCUAGGAAAAGGAAUACUAGCAGCUACCCCUGCUCCUACCAGUGGUGGAGAAGAGUUCCAAUAGCUCAGAUGUGUUUCCUUACUUUCUUCUCUUUAAUAUUUCUAUUAAAAAACAGACUUUGCUGGAACUGCACACCCACUCCAAAUUGCCACCCACCUAUGCCCCUUUUCUUCCCAGAAUCAGGAAGGGGAACAAGCCAUGCGUGGCGUUCCCCAUCUGCCCUCCGCAAUGGCUCUUCGGAAGCUCAGGCAGAGGUGGUUCCUCGUGUUCAUGCUCCCCUGCCAGCUCUCUGUCAGCCGUGACAGGAAUCAUCUAUGCCUAAGGAAAGGGGUUAGAGCAAAGUGAAAUGCAAUUCAAACGAGAAAGAAGCUGUAUAAGAGAGAAGGGGAAGCUAAAAUCCGUGGUUCGUAAGAUGUAAAUCAGCUGCUUCCCCAUUUACACUAACUGCUGAUUCGGCCCACAGCGUGAGUGGUSGUGAAAAGCAGUGUACCGUGAAUAUUUACUUACUGCCUAAAUUAACAACAAAGAAGUCUUUUAUAAACAGCGUGUUUUAGAAGCAAUUGUUACUUUAAAGGCUUGUCACAAGAAGAAGGCUGGCGUGGCUGCAGAGAAGAAGUUAGGAACGGCUGCCUCGUGGGAGAGCUAACAGUACCAGGCCAUUUUAUAUAUUCGUAGACAGCAAUUUGAUCUGUUUUAAAGAUGGAUUUUGACACGUAAAUCUGAUCUGAGUAAUGGAGUGUCAUGUUUAAUUCAUUCAUAAAUACAGCCCUACCUUGGUUCCAGAGGAAGAGCUGGAGCGCCUAAUUAAGUACACAAUAGUACAACGCUCAGCUAAGUACACCCUAAUGGGGUCAGACCAGCAUAGCUCUGCCAGGGGAAAUUGUGCCUGUCUAACCUGCUACAGUUCUUCUUUUAAAAUACCAAGUAAGAGAUAAAGGUUACUCAGAAGCAUAAUUUGCUCAGCUACUCCGACAGCUUUUGAAAGGAUGGAAAGAAAUUAUGGCGGGUGGUUCUAACUGAGGAAAUUGAUUUAGUGAAAGAAUUAUUAAGGAGGUUCUAAUUAGAGGAAAUUAAAAGAGGAGGGGGGGGAAAAAGAAUUGUUAAGGAGGCUCUAAUUAGAGGAAAUUAAUGUUUUAGAGAGAGACAGAGAGAGAGAGAGAGAAGUCUAAGAAAAGAAUCAAAACAACUUCCAGACAAGGAGAGCUGCUGGGUGGCAGCGCUGACGCCCAGCCAAGCGGGCUGAUGUUCUGCUUCUGAUAGCAAAGCGCUAUCACACGUAGCAAUAGAAAAGGCUCCUAUGACUCAACUGUGUGUUGACAGGGAGCUGGAUUAGACAGGGAUCUGUGAUCCCUGUAGGGAGCCAAAAGGAAAGAGCAUCCUAGAUGAAAGCUGGCUCACGUGACAGACUGAGUGAAGUGUGUCUUGCCRUGUCAGAAGGCAACUGCCACUGUGUGCGUCGGCGGGGCACCCUGAUGGCAAACCAGGGCCCUUGCCAAGCGUGGUCAUAAAAGGUACGUAGGCUGUGGUGAACACAGGCAGGAAAACCCGGAGAGGAGCUUCUGAGAAAAGGCAGAGAGAUGGAAAAAAAAAAAAAAAAAAAGGUGUGUAAAAAGAGCCCAAACCUCUCCAAUUCACUGAGGCCUUAGAGCACCGGGGAGCUUUGAUGGACGCAGCUGAUUAUUGUGGGCAUCAAAGUAAAGGACCGAGCACUGUAGCUGUUGAAGCUUGGUAGCUCACUAGCUCAGGAGCUGUUGAAUUUGGGCCUUUUAAAGAGCUAACCAGGAGAGCAACAAGGUAUACAGGAGACCUAAAAGGAUGAUAUGGACUUGGGCAAAGUAGACUUGAAAGAUUAUUUCACCAAAGAAUGAUAAAACUAGCAUACACCUGGGUAAUUUAACUGAUGAUGGAAAAUUUGAGAGUGACUUGACAGAAGAAAAUAGUCUAGCGUGGGUUGUAGCACAAGGGAGCYGAUUACUAAAGCUGGGGAAGUGGGGAGGAUGGGGAGGGGAGGGGUCUUUGGAGGCUUAGGGAAAUCUGUGCCCAUCACAAAUAGCUCAAUAAAUAAUGGCAUGCACAAAUUCAGUCAUGUUUUUAAGUUUCUACAGUAUCUCUGAAAAGAAAAGCAGAGAAGAAAAAAAAAAGCUGCUGUUUGUUUCGAAAUUACUUUGCAAAGGUCAGUUUUCCUGAAGAGAGGUUUGAUGUUUUAUGGCUCUUAUUUAGACAAUGAAAGGAAGUCACAAAAAGGUUCAUUUCUCAUUUCUCUGUCCCAUCCUAUUCCUAAUGUUCCCCUCUGAGUGAUGCCACCUAAGGGACCAUUUUUAGACUGUAAGCUUGUGU